GUCCCCGAGGGCAAAGUAGUCGUUCUUAAUUUCCGAUUCUUAGACCUCGAGAGUGACAACCUGUGUCGCUAUGACUUCGUGGAUGUGUACAACGGCCACGCCAAUGGCCAGCGCAUUGGGCGCUUCUGCGGCACCUUCCGACCUGGAGCCCUCGUGGCCAGUAGCAACAAGAUGAUGGUGCAGAUGAUUUCAGAUGCCAACACCGCUGGGAAUGGCUUCAUGGCCACAUUCUCUGCUGCUGCCCCAGAUGACAGAGGAGACCGGUAUUGUGGAGGACACCUUGAAAGACCUUCCGGCUCUUUUCAAACCCCCAACUGGCCAGACCGAGAUUACCCUGUAGGAGUUACUUGUGUGUGGCACAUCGUAGCCCCAAAGAACCAGCUUAUUGAGUUAAAGUUUGAGAAGUUUGAUGUUGAACGUGAUAACUACUGCCGGUAUGACUAUGUGGCUGUGUUUAAUGGCGGGGAAGUCAACGAUGCUAAAAGAAUUGGAAAGUACUGUGGUGAUAGUCCACCAGUGCCAAUUGUAUCUGAGACAAAUGAACUUCUUAUUCAGUUUUUAUCAGACUUAAGUUUAACUGCAGAUGGAUUUAUUGGUCACUACAAAUUUAGGCCAAAGAAAUUGCCUACAACUACUGCAAUGCCUGUUACCACCACGUUUCCUGUAACUGCAGGUUUAAAACCCACUGUGGCCCUGUGUCAACAAAAGUGUAGACGGAUGGGGACUCUGGAGAGCAAUUAUUGUUCAAGCAACUUUGUAUUGGCCGGCACGGUUAUCACAACUGUCACUCGAGGUGGGAGUCUGCAUGCCACAGUCUCAAUCAUCAGCAUCUACAAAGAGGGAAACCUGGCCAUUCAGCAGGCUGGCAAGAACAUGAGUGUCAAGGUCACAGUGGUCUGCAAGCAGUGCCCCCUUCUCAGAAGAGGUCUAAAUUACAUUAUUAUGGGCCAAGUGGGUGAAGAUGGGAGAGGCAAAAUCAUGCCAAACAACUUUGUCAAGAUGUUCAAGAGCAAGAAUCAAAAGCUCCUGAAUGCCUUAAAGAACAAGCAAUGUUAACACUGAACUGUCCAUUUAAGCUGCAUUCUGUCGUUGCCUUCGAAAGAUCUUUUUUUCCCUAAGUAGAAAGAAAAAUCAUACAGUUGACUAUUGAGCAUUCUGAGAGAUUGGAUCCAUUUACUCUUCGCACGAUGCAGCCGGGUGUGAACCCUCGGACACUCUUGAUGGGAGUGCUGACCCUGCCCACAAGGAGUAAAUAAAUACCUGCAAACCUUCCUACCCACUGCCAUGAUAGCACACAGUACCAAGCACCAGCAGCUUGGACAUUUAUUUAUACAUCUCUGUAAAAGAUAUUUUAGAAUCGAGUUGCGUGAAUAUAUAAAAAAGAGAUUUUAUAA